AUGGUCGCUAUUAAAAACAACAUUGCAUCAACCCGGCUAUUGUCUGGUGUGAGCAAUAUUGAGCAUUUGCUGGUAAAGAUUGAGCCCUUUAAGGGCCUUUCCUGGCUCCUAGUAGUUUGCUAUAUCCCUCCUCAACAGCAUGCGUCCAGUUACAACAGUCUUCUAUCGUCCAUUGAAGAGGUGUCUACAGAACAUGAAUUCCACGAAAUUAUUGUAAUCGGGGAUUUCAACUUACCCGGUGUGGAUUGGGCAGAUGCUCUAAAUUGUGUUCAUACUCCUGCCUCCAGAGUGAUGCUACCUCUCAUGGAGCUAUACGACCUUCAACAAGUUAAUUCUAUUUACAACGGAAGAGGAGUCCUGUUGGAUCUAGUUCUAUGCACAAAUAAAAACACUAUCGUAUCUCUAGAAAUUGAUGCGCUUCUGCCUGCGGAGGAGAGGCACCACCCUCCACUGUCCAUUAUCUUGCACUGCAGCAACAGAAACACCAAGGUUUACACCACCAAACACUUUAAGCCUGACUUUAAAAGAUGCAAUCUUUGGGAAACUUACAAUUCCCUCUCAGUCGUAGACUUCACAGCCAUCCUGAGUUCCACUGAUCUCAAUGAAGCAACCGAAAAAUUCCUUUCUACGAUUGCUGAAGCAGUCAGGCUGAACUCACCAUUGAGAAGAGUUGGUGUCUCACCAUUUCCCAGAUGGUUCUCUGCCGAAACUAAAGAUCUGAGAGACUACCGUCAGCACUUAGAGCAAGUGGAUCAGGGAGUAUCCGUGAACCUUCGUUUCUUCUGGAGCCACGUUAACGCUAUUAGAAACUCUUCCUCGCUGCCCUCACGCAUGUUUUACAACGACAUCGAAUCAAAGGAACCUCAAGGGAUGUGCGAACUGUUCAGGGAUUUUUUCUCCUCAGUGUAUACAAGGCCCACGGAGAUUAUACCGGUUAGUGGUGACCACUUUGGAAACUCCAUUUUUUCAAGAAUCUCACACCAAGAAGUAUUGAGCAAGCUGAGGAAGCUCGAUGAGACCGAAGGAUGGGGCCCUAAUGAAAUUCCCCCGAUGGUUUUGAAACAUUGCGGUGGUCUGUUGGCGGGGCCAAUUUGUGAUAUUUUCAAUGCGUCACUGUCAUCUGGUGUCUUCCCAGAAUCUUUAAAAUUAGCCUACGUUGUUCCCCUCCACAAAAAAGGGGCCAUUGAAGAUGUUGCUAAUUAUAGACCAAUCUCGAUUUUGCCAGCUAUUGCCAAAGUUUUUUGA